UCGAUAAAAUCGACAUGUCGGAACUCACGGAUUGUUUUGAAUUAAAUAAAACAAAAUUAUUUGAAAAAAUACGCAAUGGCCUGCCCAUUGUGCAGAACACCCAAAAUCUGUUGGACUGCAGCGACGAUUUACUGUUUGCGUGGGAUGGGAACGAGUCCAGUUUGCUCGUGCGAAAUUGGCGCGCGCCGCUAAUGGAGGCUGAGCAGCGUGCCAAAGUGAACUACCAGACGCUCAUAGCUUCCAUCCCGAUCAUUCAGGACAUAGAUCGUGUUACGGUGUCAAACGAAUGCUCCCUGGUGGCACUGAGUGGACCGCGUGGUGUAUUCAUCUUGGAGCUACCCCGCCGCUGGGGUCCCGAUGGCUACUUUAAGGAUGGCAAGGAAAAAAUCACAUGUCGCACGUACUGUCUGGAUUCUCUUUUGUUCCAGAACAACCAUCUGGAGGUGCGGCAAGUGCGCUGGCAUCCAAACUCAGUGUCGGACUCCACUCUGCUGGUGCUGCUGAACAACAACACCAUCCGCGUGUACAAUCACUCGAAGCUGCGACACGUGUGGCAAGUUGGGCCUCUCACCAUGAUAAAGGGAGCCAAGACUUCGUACACCGACUUUGGCGAAGUUGCCGUGGACUUUGACAUUGCUCCAGCCACAAAGCCGCGUUCUGCCGAUCUGACUGCGGCCAACGAAUCCACUUUGAAUCAAAGCAACAAGACGCUGGGCGGAAAGACCGCCAAGCAGGAGAAGAUUGAAUGGCCCAUUGUGGUGCUGCGAGAGAAUGGAAACAUCUACAUUCUGCUCACCAGCCUGGACUCGGAUAUGACGCGUCUGCAGGGGCCCAUAACCAUAAAACCACAGAGAAUGGAUAACUACGGCCUGGAGUCUUGCUCGAUCAUGAUCAUUCCCUCGCUGCCGCCCACUAUCGUCAUUGCCGAGUCGAACGGAAAGCUACACCAUGCUCUGCUGAUGGAUGCCGAGGCCGCGGAGCAUUCCUUCAACGAAGUUGAUGAUUUUAUUCUCAUAGAGCCCGCUGAGUAUGUCAUCCAUGUGCUGGAAACGGUUGAGCUCGAAUUGGGUCUGUCUGGCGCAUCAAAUACUGGACCAAAAGACGCCUACAAUUGUCCCAUACACCUGAAGCGAGAUAUCAUCAAUGAGCUGCGCUACUUUGCCUAUCAUAAUGCUGGACUGCACGUGGUCACAGUCAGCUUCAUAUCGGAGCUGCAGCGGUAUCUCGACAGUGAGUCGGAGGAGGACAGACUGGAAUUGGCGGCAUCCUCCAGGGCCGAGUACGUUCUGUGCACAAAGUUUGACUCCAGCGAGCGGAUCAAUGCCGUCUGCGGCAUUUCUCUAUUACAACUGCCAGCUGGUGUGGUGCUGCUGUUGGCCAGCGGCCAAGUGAUCAGCCUAAAGCUGGUCAUCGAUGCCCAGCUGUUGGUGGCGCCCAAUGAGAAGACGCAGCGUGCCUCCGAUGUGGAUCAGCAAGAGUCGGGACCUUCAUUCCUUGACAAAAUUAAAGGUUUAUUGCAGCGCAAUGUCAACCAACCGAUUCUCGCCAACAAGCUGUCGUCGGCGUCGCCCCACGAGAGCUACGAGCUACUGAACCAGGCCAUUGAAGUGUUGCGCGAACAGUACCUCAAGCGGCACGACCUCGUCCGUGCCGAGUUUGCGAAGCACAUCAAUCAAAUCCUACUGAAGAAGGAGCAGCAAUUGCGCGAGAUCCAGGACCUGGAGCAUGAGCGGGAGAUAAUCAGCGAGGGGGCCCACAAGCUGGCCGAGCGCUUCGAGGAGAUCAGCGACAACCAGGAGCUGCUGGUGCGCAAGUGUCACAGUCUGAUGCAAAAGGCCAACACAGCUCUGCCCAACAGUGUUGUGGCUGAGCGCGAGUUUUCGCAGGAGGUGUCGCGCAUUAACAAGGCCACCAAGGGCAUGGCUGCCGACCUGGAGACCGCCAAGAAGAUGCUGAACAAACAGCGCUAUCACAUUGACAAGAGCCAGGAUGAGCUGAAGAACAAUGUCUACCAGUUGCCCGAGAAGCAGCAUCGCACCAUAACUGAGAUUUUGACCCAACUGAAUGGAGAGAUUGAUCGGCAAAUAACCGAUGCAAAGCGUAUAAAUAAAAUUGUUGGCGUCUAAGUUUGGUUACCGCUCAUAGCACAUCUAUGUGAAACGU